CCAAGCCAAGCCACCACUCUGCCAUGACUUCUGAAUCUCAUUUGUAGCUUCUGGCUGAAACAGUCAAGAGCGUCGUAGAGAGCAAAGCGCGAUUUGGGCCUCCGUUUCUGAAUGCUUGGUGCUAGGGCUACGAGACUAGCUUAGAGAUUUUCAACAGCUUUAGUCCUGCGGUAACCAUAGAAUCAAGAUGCACACAAUGGCGUACGUUUACAGACUAUGCGCAUUCGGCAUACUGCUGCUGCUGGGACUUAUAGCUAGAGCUAAUGCCUCCGUGCACCCCUAUAAGGGAAAUCGGUUUUUCCACACCGCGGAUGCUUUCCUGUUCCGCGGCGGGCGGGAGGGUCUCUUCUCGUCCACGCCUGAAGCGGUGGCGCACUGGACGACCAUCGGGAAAGCCGUCGCGAACGGCAAGGCAUACGUCAGGUUCCAGCACCUGACGUUCCACCGGCCCAUCUGGGAGGCGCGUGACGCGCCGGUGGCGGGGCAGACGGGGCUGAUCGAGGCGCUGCUGUUCGAGGUGGGCGGACCGCGCGCGCAUUGGCCACACGUCGCCCACCGGCACGCGCUCCUUUCUGCUGCACGCCCGAGCUCGUGCGCAAGACAGGGUGCAACCCCGGCCAUCUCAUCGUGCGCCCCGCGCGACGACGACAGUAAGUGGCCGCGCGUGGUGGAGAUCAACUUCAUGGGCAACGACAGCGCGGUGGAGGCGGCGCCGUCGGAGAUCCACAUAACGCGCACGGGCAUGUACUACCUGUGGUUCGUCAUCUGCGACAAGAACCUCGCCGAGGUUUCGGUGACGGGCGGCACGGUGUGGAAGAACCCCUCGGGCUACCUGCCCGGCAUGAUGACGCCCUACCUCAACUUCUUCGGCGCCAUGUCCAUCGCGUACCUGCUGCUGGGCGUGCUGUGGCUGCUGCAGUACGUGCGGUUUUGGCGCGACGUGGUGUCGCUGCAGCACUGCAUCACGGCGGUGCUCUUCCUCGGCAUGGUGGAGAUGGCCGCCUGGUACUUCGACUUCGUCAACUUCAACGCCUCGGGGUACCGCCCCAUGGGCAUCACGGUGUGGGCGGUGUCGGUGGGCGCCGUGCGCAAGACGGUGUCGCGCAUCCUCAUCCUCGUCGUCGCCAUGGGCUUCGGCGUCGUGCGCCCCACGCUCGGAGGGCUCUCGGGGAAGGUGCUGGCGCUGGGCGGGGCGUACCUGGUGGCGGCGGAGGGGCUGGACGUGAUGCAGAACGUGGGCGCCAUCGACGACCUCAGCAGCGGCGAGCGCGUGAUCCUGGUGCUGCCCGUGGCCGUGCUGGACGCCGCCUUCAUCCUCUGGAUCUUCACCGCCCUCUCCAAGACGCUCAGCCAGCUGCAG